AUGGCGCACACAGGGGAUACUCCAUUCCGCUCUGCGGAGAUGAGUAUGGUGCAGCUUUACAUUUCCAACGAAAUUGGCAGAGAGGUCGUUAAUGCACUCGGAGAGGUUGGCUUGGUCCAGUUUCGCGAUCUCAAUGGCGACCUCAGUGCUUUCCAAAGGGCCUUCACCCAAGAAAUUCGCAGGCUUGAUAACGUCGAACGUCAGCUACGAUACUUCCACUCGCAGAUGGAGAAGGCCGGAAUUCCGUUGAGGAAGCUUGACCUUGAUGUCGAAUCACUGGCGCCGCCCAGCACGUCCGAGAUCGACGAGCUCGCCGACCGGAGCCAGAGCCUGGAGCAGCGCAUCUCGCAGCUCAACGACAGUUAUGAGACGUUGAAGAAGCGUGAGGUUGAGCUCACCGAGUGGCGAUGGGUUCUUAGGGAGGCCGGCGGCUUCUUCGACCGCGCCCACGGCAACGUCGAGGAGAUCCGGGCGUCGACCGAGGACGACGAUGCCCCGUUGCUCCAGGACGUCGAACAGCACAACCAGGGGGGUGAUGUCGAGCGGUCCUUUUCAGGAAUGAACAUUGGCUUCGUCGCAGGUGUCAUUGCCCGCGAGCGCGUUGCAGCCUUUGAGCGUAUCCUCUGGCGCACUCUUCGUGGCAACCUGUACAUGAACCAGUCCGAGAUACCCGAGCCGCUCGUCGACCCGAGCAACAACGAGCCGAUCCAGAAGAACGUUUUUGUCAUCUUUGCCCACGGAAAGGAGAUCUUGGCCAAGGUCAGGAAGAUCUCGGAGUCUAUGGGGGCCGAGGUCUACAACGUCGAUGAGAACAGCGACCUCCGUCGGGACCAGGUCUUCGAGGUCAAUGCUCGCCUCAACGACGUGCAGAACGUGCUCAAGAACACCCAGCAGACACUGGAUGCAGAGCUCACUCAGAUCUCCCAGUCCCUUGCUGCCUGGAUGGUGCUGAUCAACAAGGAGAAGGCCGUUUACAACACGCUCAACCUCUUCUCGUACGAUCGCGCCCGUCGCACGCUCAUUGCCGAGGGAUGGUGCCCCAAGAACGAUCUGCCUCUGAUCCGCACUACCCUGCAGGAUGUGACCAACCGGGCUGGCCUCUCGGUGCCUUCCAUCAUCAACGAGAUCAGGACGAACAAGAAGCCGCCGACCUAUCUCAAGACCAACAAGUUCACCGAGGCGUUCCAAACCAUUGUUAACGCCUAUGGUACGGCGACCUACCAGGAAGUCAACCCUGCCCUCCCAGUCAUCGUCACUUUCCCCUUCCUUUUCGCUGUCAUGUUUGGUGACCUUGGCCAUGCUCUCAUCAUGUUGAGCGCGGCUGUGGCUAUGAUUUACUGGGAGAAGCCUCUCAAGAAGGUCUCCUUUGAACUGUUCGCCAUGGUUUACUACGGUCGCUACAUUGCUCUUGUCAUGGCCGUCUUCUCCGUCUUUACUGGCCUCGUCUACAACGAUAUCUUCUCCAAGUCCAUGACGUUUUGGGACAGUGCUUGGGAGUGGCAGAUUCCUGAGGACUUCAAGGAAGGGACUACGGUCACCGCCAAACUCAAGGGUGACUACCGUUAUCCCUUUGGUCUGGAUUGGAUGUGGCAUGGCACCGAAAACGACCUACUUUUCAGCAACAGCUACAAGAUGAAGAUGUCCAUCAUUCUCGGCUGGGCUCACAUGACGUACUCGCUGUGUUUCUCUUACAUAAAUGCUCGUCAUUUCAAGAAGCCGAUCGACAUUUGGGGCAACUUUGUUCCUGGCAUGAUCUUCUUCCAGUCGAUUUUUGGAUACCUUGUCAUAUGCAUCAUUUACAAGUGGACCAUUGAUUGGUCAAAGGCUGCCACGGCCCCUCCCGGCCUGUUGAACAUGCUCAUCUACAUGUUCUUGCAGCCUGGCACUAUUGAUAUUCAGCUGUAUCCUGGGCAGAAGCAGAUCCAAAUCUUCCUCCUACUGUUGGCCUUUGUCCAGGUGCCCGUUCUCCUCUUCCUCAAGCCAUUCUACCUCAGGUGGGAGCACAACCGCGCUAGGGGCCAAGGUUACCGCGGAAUAGGAGAGCGGUCGCAUGUCAGCGCGUUUGACGACGACAACAACGAUAGUAAUGGCCAUGCUAUGAACGGCGCUCGCGGCAACAGCUUGGAUAGCGAUUCAGGGGCUGCUAUGAUCACGCAGGAUAUUCACGACGAGGAACAUGAAGAAUUCGAGUUUGGCGAGGUUAUGAUUCACCAAGUCAUUCACACCAUUGAGUUUUGCCUGAACUGUGUAUCCCACACAGCCUCGUACCUCCGUCUCUGGGCUUUGUCUCUUGCACACCAGCAGCUCAGUGUUGUGCUGUGGAGCAUGACCAUUGGGCAAACGUUUAACUUCACGGGGAUUUUCGGCGCCAUCGCUAUUUUCCUCGGUUUCGCUGUGUUCUUUGUGCUGAGCUGCAUCAUCCUGAUUAUCAUGGAGGGCGUGUCUGCUAUGCUUCACUCUCUGCGUCUCGCCUGGGUCGAGUCGUUCUCCAAGUUUGCUGAAUUCGCCGGUUGGCCGUUCCAGCCAUUUUCUUUCACUCAGCUGAUAGAAGAGUCUGAGGAAUUGAAGGAAUUCCUGGGCUAA